CUUACAUCGGAUAUAACAAGUUUGAGGCUGAAUUUGACUUAAUAUAAGGGUCUCGUCCUUUUGUGAGAGACAAAGACGGAGCCAGCCUUAAACUUUGGGGCGGGCUGUGACCUUGUGCUAGGGGUAGGUUAGGAUGGGAGGGCUAUAGAACACGUGUGCCUCACGGUGCUCCGUUUUGAAGUACCAUAUAAAUGACGUGAUCAAACACUUUUAAUCAAGUUUUUCUCUCUAAAGUACUAUGUAAUAGUGUGCUCAGUCGUUUAUGUACGUGAAUAAUUAUAAUUGCACAUGCACACAUAACUCACAAUGCAUAAGUCGAAAUUCAUUCACACGCACCGAACAUAGUAUCCCUUUGAUUCUUUGAACAACUUGGCCAACAAACUAACUUUAAUUAAACGAACUCCCGUCAGCCUACAUGUGAUCCAAGUGACUUUGUUCUAACAUGGCUCCCAAGUCCAAACUACAAUUUCAUUUGUUUGUUUUUUUCAGACCGAAUGUUUCAUGCAUGGUUUAUCUCCACGUUAAAGGCACCAGGCCCUUGCUGCUGACACGUUUGCAGUUGGGUUCCUUACAACAAACCACGUAACACACACAGCUUUCUGUCCUCUUCUUCCAUCAACUUUGAACCUCUCUGAGUCACUCAGGCUGUGUACUUUUGAGAUUGGAGUUUAAAAAGUGUGUAUAGUUUGAGAACUAAAGAUUUAAGUGUUGCAGCUUGAGCUUUUGAAGCUUUAAUAUCAAUGGCGGUCGGAAGGAUUGGUAGAGGUUUAAUGGCUCCUCUUCUGGUAGUCAACUUGGUGGUCCAUCUGAUCAUGCUUGGACUUGCUGGUUGGUCCCUUGAUAAGUACAUCAAUGGAGAGCAAAAUCACCCCCAUUUGGGAGGGAAUACAUCGACUACCUUCUUGUUGAUCUUUGCAUUGAUAGCCGGUGUGGUUGGGGCUGCUUCUGUGCUUUAUGGUCUGAUACAUCUCCGGAUAUGGCGAACUGAUAGUUUAGCCGGUGCAGCUUCUUCAGCUAUCAUAGCCCUGACGAUUAUCGCCCUCACUUUCGGUUUUGUGUGCAAGGAGAUCAUACUUGGAGGGCACAGAGGAAAACGCUUGCAAACAUUGGAAGCUAUGAUUGCAAUAUUACUACUAAGUCAAUUGCUUUACCUGGUGCUUCUGCAUGCUGGGAUGUUUAGGAGCAGACAUAGACAUGGAGGAAUUGGCAUGGGUAAUGACCCCUGGAGCGCCGGCACGACGACUGUGAUCUGACUUCCGUUCAUAUCAGUAGCUGUAAGUUAAAUAACACAAUGUCUCUGCUUUAUUUGCUGCGCUCCGUUUGUAUCGGUUUUUUUCUAGUUACUUUCGAUGAAUGGAACGCUGGACAUAUCCUAAUCCUGAUCCGAGCUAGAAUGAAUGGUUUAGCAUUAAUAGUACAUUCCCCAGGGGAUUCCUUUC